UGUUUUUCUUCGAUGUCACGUUCCUCGCCCCCUUUCUACCCCUCGCUUCUUCGCUUCGCUCACCCCACCUUUCGGCUGGUCCCUCAGCGCGGGGAAACAAUGACAUCGACAUCAUCGAGCUCAAGAGUAUCUGAUAGCUUGAUAAUACUCUUUAGCAUGUCACAAUCACAAUAUCAAAGCUUACUCCACCAAUCAAUUGUCCCAGAUUAAAACAUAUAUUAUAAUAUAUAAGCAAUAACAAUAAGUCCAGCACAAACCACAACAUCAGGUAAUCCUAGGUACUUUCAACUAAAUAAACAAUCCCCUCAAUAUGGAGCCCAAAGCCAUCCUAGAGAAAUACCGCCCCGACCUCACCCCCUUCGAAACCCUCUACAAAACCCUCCACCAAAACCCCGGCCUCUCCCUCCAAGAACACCUCGCCUCCACCACAGCAGCCACCCACCUCCGCACCCUCCCCUCCUUCACAAUCCGCAACUCCAUAGGCGGCACCGGCCUCAUCGGAUUCCUCACCAACGGGCCCGGACCCACGGUCCUCCUCCGCGCCGACACGGACGCUCUUCCCGUCAAAGAACUCACCGGCCUUCCCUACGCGAGCGAGAAGACUGAAGUCGAUGUGGAGGAUGGAGUCGAGAAGCCGGUUAUGCAUGCUUGUGGACAUGAUAUGCAUGUUGCGUGUAUGUUGGCGGCGACGACUACGCUGAGCGAGGCGAGGGAUGAGUGGAGGGGGACGUUGGUGGUUUUGUUUCAGCCGAAUGAGGAGAGGGGGGCGGGGGCGAGGGCGAUGGUUGAGGAUGGGUUAUAUGAUAUGGAGAGGCAUGGGUGUCCGGUUCCGGAUGUGGUGUUGGGGCAGCAUGUUAUGCCUUUUGCUGCCGGAGAGGUUGGGACUAGAGUUGGGAAUUUUGCAAGUGCAGCAGAUAGUUUUAAGGUUGAAGUAUUUGGAAGGGGAGGGCAUGCAAGUCAACCACGUACGCACCCUUUCUCGAUUGGUCUUGUUGACCACACGAGAACUUGGAUCUUACAUCAGAAGAGAGUUCUUGGCUUUGGAUGGUCUUGGAUGAACGAGAGCUUGAUAUUGGAAUUUGGUGUUCCGAGAGCUGACCAUUGUGAAGACAGGACGAUUGAUCCGGUUGUGCUCGCUUCUCACAUUGUGGUGAGAUUGCAGACUGUCGUUUCAAGAGAAGUCGAUCCCAGAGAAGCAGCCGUCGUAACAGUCGGCAGCAUCCAAGCCGGCCAAACCGAAAAUAUCAUCGCUUCCUCCGCCAUCCUCAAACUCAACAUCCGCACCACCUCACCCACCACCCGAACCCGCGUCCUCUCAGCCAUCAAACGCAUCGUCUCCGCCGAAUGCGACGCCUCAGGAAGUCCCCAACCUCCUUCAUGGCACCCCACUUCCUCAUUUCCAUUCACAAUCAACGACGCUGAGACCACCGAAAAAGUCUCAACAUCUUUCAAUGACUAUUUCGGCGAAAAGCACAAUCCUAACUCUGGCCUUUUGGGAGGAAGCGAGGAUUUUGCGAUUCUGGCGACGGAGGCGCCGAAUCCGAAGGCGGAGGGUGGGAGGGGUGUGCCGUAUUGUUAUUGGAUUUUUGGAGGGGUGGACCCGGAGACUUGGAAGGAGAAGGAGAGUGAGGGGAAGCUGGAUGAGAUUCCUAUCAAUCAUAGUGCGUAUUUUGCGCCGGCUGUGCAGCCUACGUUGAAGACGGGAGUGGAUGCACUUGUUGUUGGGGCUUUGGCGUUUUUGGGACGGCCAGGGAAGGGGUGAAGCUGGUAGAUGCUUAGACCAUGAUACUUUAAAACAUUGGCUGUGGUGUCUUGGAGAUGACUUUGAAGUGACAUUAGUGUUCCAUUUGUCGCUCAACGCAAAAGAAACGUGUCUCAUGGUUUUGAUGGCGGCAGCUCUCUGGAGUGGUGUCUUAGUGGCAAUACACAGUUAGUCGAGUUUUUUGACAAGAAUAAACUACGAAAGUCAUGCCAUCUAGACUUGUUAAAGGAUGGAACAACAAUGCAAGA